UGGGACUGCGAGGCACUAUGAGCUCUGCUAGCGGCUCUCCUAGGACACAGAGCGGCUCUGCUAUGACACAGGACGGCUCUGCUAUGACACAGAGCGGCUCUGCUGUGACACAGAGCGGCUCUGCUGCGACACAGAGCGGCUCUGCUAUGAAAUCUUUAGUUGCCAGUGCAACAGUAAAAGUUAGUUCUGUUUGGAAACAUAACCCGAUGAAAUCUGGCAAGUACUUCAUGUUUGAUGGAGAGGAAGAAACAGCUUGGAACUCUGCCCAGGGCAUUCCUCAAUGGAUCUCGUUUGAAUUUGAUCAUCCUGUACAUAUCCACGAAGUUCAUAUGCAAUUUCACGGUGGAUUUGUAGGCAGUUUAUGUCACAUGACAGGCAAACAACGGGUUGGUGGAGAGCCAAUAGAUUUUGGAGACUUCUAUCCAGAGGACAACAAUGCUGAGCAGAUAUUUGUGCUGUCAAUAGCAGAGAAAAUUACUAGGUUUCGAGUAUUGUUUAGAAAGAGCACAGAUUUCUAUGGGCGCAUCACUUUAUACAAAGUGGACUUGCUAGGAUUCACUUGCUAAGAACUAAAACAUAACAGUUUGUUUGUUUGUUGCUCCGAGAGCAUGCGCAAGCGUGAGCCAUGAUUCCUUCUGUGUUGCGUUGUCAGCAUCACAAUUAAAUACAGUAAUUAAAAUUACUAGAGUAAUUAAUAAACGUCAGUGUGAGUUGUACAUGUCAACAAAACGGAGGAAUUGGCUAUCUUUGCAUCAUCAAAAAGCGUUGAGAAAUAGUAUAUAAUUAUUUGCUUUGACCGCACCUACGUGCACAGUGUACACUGUACAUGUAGUACAGUGUAGAUGUGUACCCAUUCUGAUGGUUGCUUGUACAUGCGCGUGCUCACAUUUUAUACAGUUCCAACAGCUACGCACUACAAUGGCGGCAGUGCGUGGGUUACAGAGAGCUUUAGUUUGUGUGUUUGUUAGUUAUUUAGACAGUUCAGUAGAUGUCACGUGGUUUUUAACAACCUUAAUUAGUUGGCGCCCCAGAUGCAGAAUGGCGGCAUCCGGGGCUGCACACUGCGUCUGGGGCGAGUGGUAGGUACAAAUCGUUGUACUGGUAUGCGCUGAUACCGUCAAGGGAAACAUGCACCCCACCGUUGCUAGGAUCAACAGCACAACACGGCUGGUUUCAGUAACACGCAGAUGCCUCUAGUAAACGGUAAUGCACGUAGACUCCGUCUAUUCACAGAACGGUUACUGACAGAACAAGUAAGAAGUAAGAUUUACGUACUCACAGCUCAAAAUGAACCGUAAUUCCAACAAUCAAUGGCCUUGCAUGAUACCAAUGACUUAGCAUAUCGGAUAU